AUGUAUAGCCAUCAUCACCAGCAGCUGAGAUGCCAGUCGAGAUACCGGAAAUGCCCCAGCAUCACCCCUGGGACCUGUCCCGCGUCCACGGGAACGCGGAGCGCAGCAUUCACCAUCCCCUCCCUGAAACAGCGGUCCCCGAGGCGCUCCACAGGCAAGGCCGAGCUGGGCGAGGGGGAACCCAGCCCCUGCAUGGGCCGCCCUGAGCGGCGGGGACGCAGGAAGAGCUCGCUGGCUCCACCAGCCCCUACGCCAGACGCCGGACCUAGGGCCAGCGAGGACCUGGAGUCCCCGCCCCACGGCUGCCAGGAGGCGGACAGGGACAGCUCCUGGGGGGCUACCGCCCCGAGGCCGUUCCGCCAGAACUUGUGCGACUUGGGAAGGGGCAGCGCCCCGCCCCUGAAGAGGAGCGUGUGUCCUGGAGGCAGCAGCCUGGGAGCUCCUCCGAGGAGGACAGGGCAGAGGCAAGUGACUCUGGUGGCGCAGCGCUGGCUUUCCCGACCGCGGAGGAGGAGAGCUGCGGGGCUGGGUGAGCUGGGCCCGGGAGCGCGGCUGGCUGCUGGCCUCCGAUGGGGAGUGGACAGCUUAGGGAGUUGCUCCCGUGCCAGCCGGCCUGCUGGCCACGCUGGGCUUCAUCACAGCCGCACCUGCCUGCGCGGGCGCCUAGCACCGCAGGCUGGAGCUUCUGGCCAUGCUGGUUAACUUCCCCAACGAGCCUCCGCUGCCUGGGAACAGCAAGGCCAGGACGAGCAGGGCUACACCGCCCUGCACUUGGCAGCCAUGUACCUUGGAGAUGGUGAAGCUGCUAGUGGGGACCUAGGACGCCGAUGUGGACAUCAGGGACUACAUUGGGAAAAGGCCCUCCCAGUAUGUGAGUCAGAGCAUCACAGAGGAGAUCCGAGACCCCGGUGGGAGUCCUGGACGAGGACAACGAGGAGAGCACCGCCAACAGCAGGGGUGGGUACUGAAAGAUUUAAAAGGUGCCCCCUCCAUCUGAUCACCUACAAACUCUCACACGUCCUGGAGGAUGGGGGGACCCUCUUCACCAUCACCACCUGGCUGAAGGUGGUCCAGAGGCGAAGCCAAGGAUUCCGGGGCGGACCCAAAGCAGCCACUGGAAGAGGAAGAGGAGGAAUGCUCUCUUAA